CACCGCAGUCGCGCCGCGCCUCGCCGGGGCUGGGCGCCGCCACCAUGCUGGGCCUGGACGCGUGCGAACUCGGGGCGCAGCUGCUCGAGCUGCUCCGGCUGGCGCUGUGCGCCCGAGUCCUCCUAAGCAGCAAGGAGGGGGUGCACCUACCUGCUGAUGAGGCGCUGGACGAGGCACUGCCCGAGUACCGGGCCCCCGGCAGGAAGAGCCUUCAGGAGAUUCAACAGCUGGACAAGGCGGACCAGAGCCUGACGGCCUAUAAAAGGGCACUGCUGGGACCCCUGCCAGCAGGCGAAGAUGCGAGCCAACCACACGUGCAGGUGACCAGGCUGACACUGGUGUCUGAGCAGGCCCCGGGGCCCAUCACCAUGGACCUCACAGCAGGACCGGCCGCGUUGAAAGCCCAGGUGUUUGUGCUCAAGGAGGGCGUGGACUACAGAGUGACCAUCACCUUUAAGGUCAACAGGGAGAUCGUUAGUGGCCUCAAGUGCCUGCACCACAUCUACCGCCAGGGCCUGCGUGUGGACAAGGCAGUGCACAUGGUGGGCAGCUACGGCCCACGUGCCCGUGAGUACGAGUUCACCACGGCAGUGGAGGCAGCACCCCGGGGUGCACUGGUGCGAGGUGCCUACGUGGUCAGGUCCUUCUUCACGGACGAUGACAGGAAUGAGCACGUGUCCUGGGAGUGGGGGCUCCGCCUCAGCCCGGACUGGAGAUGCUGAGCCCGCGGCUGUCACCCCCAAGUCUCGAGCCUUCCCCAGGCCCCAUAGUCAGAUCUCACCCAGCUGUCUGGCCUGGGACAACACUCCCUGAGCCUGGCGAUACCCCAGUCUUCAUUAAAUAUCACCUGCGUCCCUGC